AUGGCGAACAAAGGAUCACCGGCGACGUGGCUGCUGCACAUCAUCGCUUUGCUUUGUGUAAUGGUGUACAGCGUAAAAGGAGACGUGAGCUAUUCUGUACCGGAAGAGACAAAACAAGGAUAUGUCAUCGGGAACAUCGGCAAAGACUUUGGUUUUAAUGUAAAGGAAUUGUCAACGAGGAAUGCUCGUAUUGAUGCUGGAGGUAAUCGUAAACGUUUCUGUAGUAUAAAUGUGCGAACUGGAGAACUCGUUGUCGCUGAAAUGAUGGACAGAGAGACCCUCUGCAGGGAAAAACAGUCAUGUGCAUUAAAAUUCGAGCUUGUUUUAGAAAAUCCUUUGGCACUAGAGAAAAUCACAGUAAAUGUUCAAGAUAUUAAUGAUAAUCCACCAGUAUUUCCUAAGGGUGAAGUCAAACUAGAGAUUAGAGAAUCUGCUGUCAGAGGCACACGUUAUCGCUUGAGUGAGGCACAUGAUGCAGAUAUUGGAAAAAACGCUGUUCAGAAUUACAUGCUAGAGAGAAAUGAACAUUUUACAUUGGGUACCGCCUCAAACAGAGACGGCAGAAACAAUCUGGAAUUGAUUUUAGACAAAGAGUUAGACCGCGAACUGCAGCAGGAGCUGAAUUUAAUAUUGACUGCAGUCGACGGCGGCAUUCCACCCAGAUCAGGGACUGUGCAGAUACACGUCACUGUACUGGAUGCCAAUGACAACGCUCCGGUGUUUACUGAGGAGCUCUAUCGCGCUACUCUGCCGGAGAAUUCAGAAAUGGGCACUGUAGUAUUGAAAGUUAGUGCCACAGAUUUAGAUGAGGGAAUAAAUGGAAAAGUGACGUACGAUUUUAGCCGAGCAUCUUCAUGGGCAAAAGAUGCGUUUUCACUUGAUUCUGAAACUGGUGAAGUUACCGUUAGUGGCCCAAUAGAUUUCGAAGACGAAUCUAUUUUCGAGAUGCAGAUUGAAGGAAAAGAUGGAUUUGGUUUGUCAACAGACACGAAAAUAAUUAUUGAGCUCACAGAUGUGAAUGAUAACACGCCGGAGAUAUUUCUUAAAUCAUUGAACAGCCAAAUUCCUGAAAAUGCACCGCCUGACACAGAAGUCGGCAUUAUCAACGUGCAAGAUAGAGAUUCUGGAAGUAACGGUCAGGUAAUGUGUUUUAUUGGGUCUAAUAGCCCAUUUAAAUUAGUUCCUUCAAUAAAAAACUACUAUUCCCUUGUGACAACUGCUGAACUAGACCGUGAGGUGACGUCUAAUUACGACAUCACCAUCACUGCUACUGAUGAGGGCACUCCGUCACUCUCAUCAUCCAAAACGGUGCACUUAAUGGUGGCUGAUGUUAACGACAACCCACCUGUUUUUCAGCAGAAGUCAUAUAGUGCCCAUAUUACAGAGAAUAACAAGCCAGGCUCUCCUGUCUGCUCCGUGUCAGCCACAGACCCCGACUGGAGACAGAAUGGCACAGUGAAUUACGCACUGCAUGCCAGUGAUGUGGACGGCACUCCUGUGUCAUCCCUGUUGUCUAUUAAUGGAGAUACAGGCGUCAUUCACGCUGUCAGGUCAUUUGACUACGAGAAGCUGAAAAGUUUUAAGGUUCAGGUCAUCGCCAGAGAUAACGGCUCUCCUCCACUCAGUAGCAACGUUACUGUGAGCGUAUUAGUGUCCGAUGAGAAUGAUAACACGCCUCAGAUUUUAUACCCAGCGCCUGAGGGAAACUCGCUCAUGACAGAGAUGGUGCCUAAAGCUGUGCAGGGCAACUCUCUCGUCUCCAAGGUUAUUGCAGUGGACGCAGACUCAGGACAGAAUGCGUGGCUCUCGUAUCAUAUUGUCAAAGCUACUGAUCCGGGUCUUUUCACUAUCGGGGUCCACAGUGGAGAGAUCAGGACACAGAGAGACAUUUUUGAGGGCGACGGCAUGAGACAGAACCUUAUUCUCUCCGUGAAAGAUAACGGUCAGCCCCCUCUGACUGCAACCUGCACGGUGACAUUACUUAUUUCAGAUAACUUAGCCGAGAUCCCAGAGUUGAAAGACAUGUCUGUAGACUCUGGCUCUAAGCUGACCACGUAUUUGAUCAUAGCGCUGGUGUCUGUUUCCACAUUCUUCAUCACGUUCCUUAUUAUCGCACUGGCUGUGAAGUUCUGCCAGCGGAGAAAGCCCAGACUUUUGUUUGAUGGAGCAGUGGCCAUUCCCAGCGCCUAUCUGCCCCCAAAUUACGCAGAUGUGGACCCCACUGGAACUCUUCGCAGCGUCCGCAGUGCCUAUAACUAUGACGCCUACUUGACCACGGGAUCACGCACCAGUGACUUUAAAUUUGUCAGAUCUUACAAUGAUGGCACACUUCCUGCUGAUUCCACUCUGAGGAAGACGUCUUCUCAAGACCCCUUUGGAUCAUGUAACGACUUAGACGAUUCUCAGGUAAACUGA